AUGCCUUUCUUCCACCACGACUCCGACCAAGCUCAGGCUCACAAUGAGUACAACGACCUCAACCCUGUAGAACACAAAGCAAAGUUUUCGCACGAACUGAUCGCUGGUGCAGCUGCCUAUCAAGCUUCUAAAGCCUACAGCGACCAUAAAGCCAAGAAUGGAGAGUUUGACGAUCAUGCCAAGGCAAAGGCGUUCAUUGCGGGCGCGAUUGGUGCCUUCGUCGAUCGUGAGGUUGAGACGAAAGGACUGGAUUUCAUCGAUAAGCAAAAGGCCAAGCACCACGCUAAGUACGUUCUCGUUUUCUUGUUUUUUUUUUGUCACUUGGUUGUCACAACUGUGUGUGCUCCCUCUCGCCGCUGUCCACCCGUCCACCUGUUCCAACCCUAA